UUUCCAGUAACACUCACAUACUCUCGAAGAAAAACCCUAAUUUCUGAUUGAGAAAUCUCUGCAGAAAAGGCAAAAUACAAUCAAGAUGGACACCCAAGAGUCAGCAGCAGAGGAAAAUAUAUUAAGAAUAAAAAACACUAUGGAAACAGAGGAAGAAGAUGAAGAUGGAAUAACUCAAACUCAGUUCUCUCAACGAAGCUCUAUCACUUCUUCAAACCCUAAAUCUCAAAUAACUAAGGUAAUUGUUGCUGAUCCAGUGAAGGAGUUAACAGGAUCUGAAAAUAAGAGUCAUAUGGUUGAGAUUGGUAAUUCUAAAUUGUUGACUAAAGAUCAAGCUGAAGAUAUUCGAUCGAGUUUAGACCCUGCAUUCCCAAGUUUCGUCAAACUUAUGCUUAAGUCACAUGUUACAGGGGGAUUUUGGCUGGGGCUUCCCUCGAAAUUCUGUGCUAAAAAUAUGUCACAAGAAGACAUUUCAAUGACUUUGUUGGAUGAGGAAGGGGAAGAGCACAUUGCAAAAUACCUUGCUGGAAAGUGUGGACUGAGUGGUGGAUGGAGAGGGUUUUCCAUUGCUCAUAAGCUAGUAGAGGGGGAUGCAGUGGUUUUCCAGUUAAUCAAGAUUAAUAAAUUUAAGCUUCACAGAUGCUAUAUGGAGAAGGCAGUGAUUGCUUCAAAAUCAGUUUACAUUGUUAGGACGACUGGAUUAGCAGAAGUUGAUGGUGCUCUUGGCCUUCUACAACUGGAAGCUUGUGCGCGGAAAAGUUCCCUAGGCGAGGCAGGCAAUGAUUUGAAGCUGACGAGAAAAGCCAUUGUAGGGGAACACCCAAAGCGUCUUCCUUUAGCCGUUAUUCGAGGCAAAAAUGAAGUUGAUGGUGCUCUUGGCCUUCUACAACUGGAAGCUUGUGCGCAUAAAGGUUCUCUAGGCAAGGCUGGCAAUGAUAUGAAGCCGACGAGAAAAGCCGUUUUAGGGAAACGCCUAAAGCAUUCUCCUUUAGCUGUUACUCAAGGCAAAGAUGAAAACAUUAGUCCCCCACUAUCAGUUACUGAUCAACCUGAAAAUGGCAGUGAAGAGGCAGAUUCAGAUUUCUUGGGAGGUAUUAAAUUUGCAAGCUCCGUGACUGCGUUUCAAGAUAUAAAGAAUUCAGAGAGUUUCACCAUAAUCGUGAACGAUUUGAUUAUAGAUUCGGAAAUGUCCAAACAUGUAAAGUCUAAAUACUACGAGCUCUGCUGCAGUCAGAACUCGUUCCUGCAUGAAAAUCUUAUGCCAGGCCUCAACUGUAAAUUAGUUGCAGGUAUCAUUUCUGAGACUAUCAACAUUGCUGAUGCCAUUAGAUGUAGCAAAGUUGGCAGAACUUCAAGGGAUGAUUUUGCAAUAUGGAGAAAGACUUUGGAAGCAUUUGAGCACCUUGGCAUGAAUGUGGGUUUUUUGCUUCCUCGGUUGGAUGAGCUUGUGAAACUGGCCUCUGAAUCAGAACAAACAGUAGAUCUGAAAAGGUACAGAGAAGCUACAAUUGAACGAACACUUGCAGAAGAGGAGAUGAAAACUCUUGAAAUGAAGCUUGUUGAACUGAAAGAUGCAUCAAAAAUGUUUGAGAAGGAUAUCAAAACAUUGAAAGUGAAGGCAGAGAAGUAUGAGUCGGAUUUUGAAGCCGAGGCCAAUGCUCCCUGGUAAGGUCGUUGGAGUGAUUUAAUCUCAUCUUUUUGGUAACUUAUGAGGCAAAUCCCAAAAUUUGGCAGCUUACACGGAUGUUUUGGCCUUGCGCUGUAAGCUUAUGACCAACAGUGAAAGCUUCUUUUGUUUUAUCAAAACAAUCUAGAUAGAAAUCGGCAUUUCAGAAUUUUGAUCUUUUUGCAUGUAAAUUUUUCUUUUUAGCCAGACAGUGUAAUGGAAAUUUAUGAAUACA